UCUCUUUAUUAAUAUAUUCUCUAAUCACUAAUAAAGCAGUCUUAAUUAGAAAGGCCAGGGUUCCAAUUAAUUAAGGACCCUUAAUUAAUUUGUUCAACCUCUAUAUCUCUCUCUCUAUAUAUAUCCACAUCAUAUAUAUGUAUUGAUUCUUGAUCAAGCUAGAUUGAUCAUGUCAAAUGGAUGGUGGACUGGCCAAGUCAACGUAGCCGGCGUGGAAACAUCUUCCGCGAGCAAGAAACCAGAUCUUGGAAUCGGAAUGAACGAAAACACCAACAACGUAAGUGAAGAUGAUGAAAGAGAUAACAACAGUGAUGAUCCAAGAGAAGGUGCAAUCGACCCUUCUAACCGUAGACCAAGAGGAAGACCUCCGGGAUCUAAAAACAAGCCGAAACCCCCUAUUUUUGUGACUAGAGAUAGCCCUAACGCGCUACGAAGCCACGUGAUGGAGGUGGCUAAUGGAACAGAUGUAGCCGAAAGUAUAGCUCAGUUUAGUAGGAAAAGACAAAGAGGUGUGUGUGUUAUGAGUGCUAGUGGAACAGUUAUGAAUGUAACCCUAAGACAACCAUCAGCGCCUGGUUCAGUCAUGACUUUACCAGGCCGGUUUGAGAUAUUAUCUCUAACCGGUGCCUUUUUACCUGGUCCCGCCCCACCUGGAUCCACUGGCCUCACAGUUUAUUUAGCUGGAGGCCAGGGACAGGUUGUGGGCGGGAGCGUUGUGGGGUCCUUGAUUGCUUCAGGACCCGUGAUGAUCAUUGCUGCCACUUUUUCUAAUGCUACCUAUGAAAGACUUCCUAUAGAGGAUGAGGAAGAAGCCGACAGUGUCACACCAGCAGGGCUAGGUGGUGGCCGCAGUGGAUCACCACCACAACACGGGAUGGGUGAUCCGAAUCCAAUUCCCGGGUACAAUUUGCAGCCGAAUUUGAUCCAUAAUAGUGGUGCACAGUUGAACCAUGAAGCUUUUGGUUGGGCUCAUGGCCGGCCUCCAUACUAGAGGAUUGAUUAAGGUAUCAAAUUCAAACAUAAAUAAUAAUGAUUCAUAAGAUAUAUAUAUAGAGUAUUGAUAUGAUAUAUUAAUAGAUAUAUAGAUUAAUUUGUUUAAUACACUUUUAGGGAAGUUGUCAUGUUGAACACAAUGAUCACCAUCUUCAUGAUAUUGUAAAUAUUCUA